AUGAGUGCUAUUAUUGACAUCGACGCAAUUCUAUCCGAAAACGAGCAAUGGAAGAAGUUAGAAGAAGAAUGGGGAGUACCAAUAGAUCUAGAAGUUGAUACAGAAGACGACACGCCCAGAAUGAGACCAGUUUUUAGCACAUUAAAUCUGAAAUCACCCACAUUUGACUCAUCAUUCCUGUUCAAGAAAGUUACAAGGAAGCUUGGAAGGCAGUUAUCUAAGCGAUCUACAACAUCUGCGCUAGAAUAUAAUGAUUUCAUCAGCCACUUACGAUAUGAUCCAAGCAAGGAAUCUUCCAAACAGUUCUAUUUUGUUAACGGCCAAAUAAUGUCAGCCGCGUCCAUUGAUGAUAUAUGUGAAAAAAUAGAUGAUAUAUUUAAAUCUAUAGAGCAGCUUUCAACAAGUACUAUUAAGAAGAAAAAUGUUCCAGAUGUUGUUCAGUGUAGUAUUUCAGCAACGGACUUGUCUUUUGACGAUACGUUGGAAGAGACGAAUUAUAGUGAAAUAGAAAAGCACAUAGAUGAAGCUUUUGAGCAGUUUAAUUCAAAUAUAUCAGGUAUUGAAGGUAUAGAUCAAACGACGAUAGAUUCUGUGACGUCAUUAGUUAGAAAGUUUAGUAACGCUUUAAAUAAUCCAGUGAGCAAUUGUAGUCCACGGAGAAGGAAAGAGUGUUGUGAAAAGUUUAGAGAAUUAGCUGAUUUUUGGAAAAAUCGCGCCUUUGAA